AUGUCAGAAUCGCAGCCUGAGCUUCAGCCGCUGUUGAGCCCGAUGUUAUGUUUCGAAUUGAAUCGUCAAGCCAUAAAUGCCCCUAGCACUAUAUUGCUCACAUCUCCAGACCUAACUUACACCCUUGUCCGCCCUUUGGUAGACAAAUACCUUGCAAUUCAAGACGAAGGCAAUCUGUCCGUCGUAUUUUGCUUUCUAAUCAACUGUGUACAUUUUAUCCGUGAUGACAACGUGGCUACAAUGUCAUUGUCGCAGUCUCGAGCCAAUCUAUGCGAAAUUUUGGCAACACGAGUUUUCCGCGAAAACGCCAACAAUCUUCUGCAUCUUACAAUGGCACUAACAACAAGUUGGCCUGUCUACUCUGGAGUAGAUGCAGCAUUGAUUACCCGGGCAAGAGACGAAAGGGAUGAUGAUCUAGAAGAUCAUGUUGGUAACGCCAUAGAAAUGGCCAUAUUGGGCAAAUCAAAGCGAUUCAUUAAGAGUUCUUCAUGUCAAAAGGUUAUUGAUGCCAUUUGGUCCUUCCUAAUUUUGUUUAUCCUCUUCGUUGUUGCCAUUGAAUUCAAUGAACGGGAUCGAAUUAAUGCAUCUGAAGUUUUGUUCAUGGUCUAUGCAUUGGGUUUCACUCUGGAAAAGGUUGCAGCUAUGCAGGAACAUGGUAUCAAAGUCUAUUUCAAAGGAACAUGGAACGGAUUUGAUUUGGCUUUUGUUACAACCUUUCUCAUAUAUACAUUCCUCCGACUAUAUGGCGUUUAUCAUCAUAAAACAUGGGCCCGAAUACUUGGGAUUGAUGUUCUUGCCCUCAUUGCGUGUCUCAUGUUUCCAAGGCUGGCCUUUGUCACUUUCAAGGACAGCUUGCUGGUCCUAUCUCUACGUGCAAUGAUCAUGCAGUUCAUGUUUCUCAUGGUUAUUGCGGCCUUCUGUUUUUGUGGUUUUUUAUAUGCAUUAUGGACUCUCAGUCGUGAUGAUGCUUCCUACAGUGCAGGAUUGAUAGCGUGGUGGAUGCUUGACCUCUGGUUCGGGCUUGACGCCAGUGGAUUUGACAGAGCCACCACAUUUCACCCAAUUUUCGGACCUGUAUUGAUGGUCACGUAUGCAUGCCUAAGCAACACACUCCUGCUAACAGGUUUGUUUUUUAUGUUUAUACUCUCGAAUACAUUUGCUUCGGUUAAUGAAGAUGCUGCAGCAGAGGUUGUAAUUUCUCUUUACGAGCGACAGUCGAAGCAGGCAGGCACGACCAACUUGUACGAGACGCUCGCUCAUAUGGCAGAGAAAGCAUUUGAUACCCUCCCACGUUCAUUAAAAAGAAUGACUUUUUUUGAGGGUCUGGCAGGUGCCGAUGCAGACAUUGAUGCCGUGUUCGAUCUGGAAGACGAAUUUGGGAAUGAGAGUGCAUUGGACACUGGCGAUAACGGUAAUGGGGUUUCCAUUCGUUCUCAACGACGUUUAUCAGGACACUCGACUCGAAGAGGAAGGGUUGUUCGACAAUCUUCGCCAGGGAGAAUGCCUCGAUAUUCAACAUCACCCCAGAGAAUGCCGAGGCAUUCUUCUCCUUCAAAACCUAUUCCACAAGCGCGUGCAAGACUUAAUUCUGCAAUGAAUCACGAAAACUUUAGUCCAUUGGCACAAGUGUUUAAUCCGCUAUUGGUUGAAGAUGAUCACAUCACGGAUCAAGGUCCUGCUAUGUCUUCAGGAAUUAGCUAUGGUCCCGCCACGAGGAGAAGAUUAACUUCUUUCGUUGCGUCGAACAAAAAUCUUGCCCCUGAUAUCUCAAUGCCCUCAAUUUCAAAUCCAUCUAAAAAAUUUGGCGACAAGAGUUCUCCAUCCGAACAAGGCAUUUUGAUAUCAGGAAGCCACGAUCUUCUUCAACCUCCUCAGCAUAUAUCUACCGCAACAGAAAUAAAAGACGCGGCAGAGGAGGACACCGGAGAGAGUCGGGAAGAAUCUGCAAUCAUAAGCAGGUUGGAGGAGAUUGAAAGGCGCCAACAGCGAAUAGAAUCACUGCUGACACGUAUUUCACACAGCAUUGAUAGUAAGAAAGUGGAUUGA